CCCCCUCUAUUAGAAUAUGUCAACCAAGUUGUGGGUGAUAGUAAUGUUACUUUUGAGAAGGAAUCUGGUCAAGAUUUAGGGGGCUGUGAGGGUUUGGGAACUUCUGAAAAAGCAUCCAAUACUGCUGAAAAUAGUGCCAAUAAUAGUGUGCCUACAGCUGUUACUACUGAUGAUAGUUCAAACUCCUCAUCUGAAUCUAGUAGCAACACUGAUAAUAGCUCAGAUUCAGAGCAUGAGGAGUUGUUUGAAGAAGGAGAAGCUGAUUAUGGCAGUGAUACACAUGAGGAAUACAUGGCAUUUAGGGCAGAAAGAAGGACCGUAGAGAUGAGGAAGAGGAAAGAAAGUGCUCCUGAACAAGAACAUGUUAAACUAGGUAAGAGAGGGCCAGAUGUGGGGUAUGAUGAAUAUGAAUCUAGGAAGAAGAAGAGUUUAGAAGGUAAGAUAGGUGGUGAUGAGCCUUAUUACCUAUCAGAUGAAGCUGCUAGUUUUGAGACAGAUCCAGAUGAUGUUGAUGAUGAAGGUAAAGGGGAGGUUCAAGAGAAAGUUAAAGCUAUAAAAAGAAAGACUAAAAGAAGAGUAAUCUUUGACAAGACUUGCAAGAAAAUAGUUUGGGAAACUGGACUUGCAUUUGCAAGUGUGAGAGAUUUCAAAGAAUCUGUAACUAAAUAUGUUGUUCAAUAAAAGGUUUCUAUAGAAAAGUAUGUAAAUGAACCUACAUAGGUGAGGGUAAAGUGCAAGAAGGCAUCCUGUCCUUGGCUUCUAGUUGCUAGUUAUGAUUCUAGGACUAAGGAUUUUGUAGUCAAGAACUACAAUCCAGUUCACAAAUGUGACCCUACUAACAGAAACAAGCUAUAUAAUUCAAAGUUCUUGGCUAAAAGGUUCAAUGAGAUGAUAAAAGAACAACCUAACAAUAGAAUAUUCAAGUUUCAAGAGUUCAUUAGAAAUAAAUUGGGAUUAUAUGUUGGGAGGACAGUUUGUAGGAGGGCAAAAAAUAUUGUGUUGAAUGAGAUAAUGGGUGAUCAUAAACUGGAGUAUGGCAGGAUUUUAGAUUAUAGGGAUGAGUUGCUUAGAUCUAAUACAGGGAGUAUAUGUGUAGUGAAACUUAGUGAAGAAACUUUUGAAGGUGGGAAGAAAAUGUUUGUUGGGUUCUACAUUUGUUUUGAUGUAAUGAAGAAGUCAUACUUAGCUAGUUGUAUGCCAUGCAUUGGAUUGGACGGAUGUUUUUUAAAAGGGGUAUAUAGAGGCCAACUACUUGUAGCAGUUUGCAAAGAUGAAAAUAAUCAGAUGCUUCCACUUCCUUGGGUUGUUGUUGAGAUUGAAAAUAUGCACACUUGGAGGUGGUUUGUCAACCUUUUAAAGAGUUAUCUUCAGUUUGGAGAUGGUACAAGUCUGACCAUAAUAACAGACAUGCAAAAGGGGCUUGAGAAUGCUAUAGCAGACCUGCUUCCAAAUUCUAAGCAUAGGAUGUGUGCAAGGCACAUCCUAGCUAACUGGUCUAAGAAAUGGAGGGGCAUAGAGAGAAGGAACUGCUUCUGGAGGUGUGCAAGGUCUACCUAUGAGUGGGAGUUGAAGAAAAAUCUGGAUGACAUGAAGAAAUUGGGGACUAAGAUAGUUGAUGAACUGUUGUACUACAACAUUGAAAGAUGGAGUAAGGUGUAUUUCAACACAUUCUGCAAGUCUGAUAGUAUUGACAAUAAUAUGGCAGAAUGUUUCAAUGCUUGGAUUUUGGCAGCAAGGCAGAAGACUAUAGUGACAAUGCUUGAAGAAAUAAGGGUGAAGAUGAUGAACAAAAUAGGUCAUCUCAGACAGUUUGGAAACACUUGGAUUACUGAUUUUUCACCAAUGGCCAUGAAAGUCUUGGAAGAGAACACAGAAAGGUCAAUGAAAUGUAACAUUUUCUGGACUGGUGAACAUGGAUGUAAAGUGAAGCAAUGAUCAGGUGCAAGUGAAGUGAAGCAUUUGGUGGACAUCAACAGGCAAACAUGCACCUGCGUAGUUUGGAUGUUAAAAGGCAUACCAUGUGCUCAUGUAGUUGCUGCCCUGCAUUAUAAAAAUCUGGAGCCUAUGAACUAUAUUUUUCACUGGUACAGUAAUGCCACUUACAUGAAAACAUACAAUUACUUUUUUCAUCCUGUCUUGGGUAUGAAUAUGUGGCCAGAGUCACAAAAUCCAACUGUUAUACCACCUCAUGAAAAGAAGAUGCCUGGAAGGCCAAAGAAAGUUAGAAGAAAAGAGCCUGGUGAAAAUAAGACAGGAAAAUUGUCCAAAAGUGGAGUGGAAAUGACAUGUAGCAAUUGUCAUAACAAGGGUCAUAACAAAAGGGGUUGUGCAAAGGCUGCUGGAAGUAAUACUGCUGCAACUUCAGCAAGUUUGGUGCCUACAAGUGUUGGUAGUUCAAAGCCACCAAAGCAAAGUACUGGAAGAGAAAGGGGUAGGCCAAAAGGUUCUAAAGAAAAGGAUGUUGGUACUAGCACUGAUGUAAGAACACAAUAUAAGAAACCAAGGAUGGUUGGGAUGGGAGUUUUACACACUCAAAGUGGCUUCAAAAUUCAAAAAAUCCUGGAAUGUCAUCUACAAACUUUAAGAAUGUGAGGUCCUCGGCAGAAGUAACUGGAGAUCUAGGCCAUCAACCAACAUGAGGUGUUAAAUGGAAAGGUAAAGAAGCUAUGACAUCAAGGCAGCUUCAAUAAUUGAGAGGCAAGAAACUCAUUCAAACAAGGUCUAGGGCUGUUAAGUUGAGCCAGGAAAGCACCACUGCAAAUCAACCCAGUUGAUGAAGCUAUGAUUUUGUUGAUGACUAUAUUGCAAUAGAC